AUGGCAAGGAGAGGUCUGCCAUUCAUGUCAUCUCUCUACAUGAAAGACCAGAUACUUCACAGUAAUUACAAAGUGAAGAAUUAUCUGGGAGAGGGAUCCUAUGGAAAGGUGUUCAAAUGUCUAAAAAUGGACACCAAAGAGACUGUUGCCGUAAAGGUCCUUCGACGCAACCACCUGACCUAUGACGAAGUGAAUCUACUAAACUCCUUUAGACAGAAGAAGCUGGACCGGUUUAACAUUGUCCGAUUCAUUGAGUCAUUCAGAACAACGGACAACAAAACUGCUCUGGCCUUCGAGAUGCUGGACCUGACUCUGGGGAACUACUUUUCCCACCACAGCCACUUCCCCUUAGAUAAAGUCAGGAAUAUAGUCCAACAGAUGGCCACGGCAUUAGAAGCCCUGAAGGACAACGAAGUGAUCCAUUCAGACAUAAAAUUAGACAACAUCAUGCUGGUGGAUCGCAGCGAGCAGCCCCUCAGGGUGAAACUAAUCGACUUUGGGUUGGCUUUUGAAACCUGGGAAGCGGAUCAAGGAAGCAAACACCAAAUAACACACUACAGGGCUCCAGAAAUUAUUUUGGGACUUCCUUUUUCAGAGGCCAUCGACAUGUGGUCACUAGGCGUUGUGAUGGGCCACAUGUUGCUUGGUCAAGCACUCUUCCCAGGGAAAUGUGAAUAUGAUACAUUGCGAUGCAUAGUCGAACUUCUGGGUGUACCGCCCGACUGUCUUCUGACUGCUGGGAUGUACACUGACAAAUAUUUUGUUAAAAGACCUUCUGGUCAGUGGAGACUGAAGACAGCUCUGGAGUACUGGGGAGCUUCCGGUUAUUUCAGUGACAAGAGGAGCUACCAUUUCCGCAACCUGGAUGACAUCAAACCGUUGCCGCUGCCGAACCUGAUGGAGGUGGAGUCUGAGGAAACGGAGGAGUGCAUUGACCUGCUGAAGGCGAUGCUCAAGGUGGACCCUGAUGAGAGGAUUACCCCACGUGAAGUCCUCACACAUCCAUUCAUCACAAGGGGCACCCCCUUCUACUACAGCCUUAACCACCAAAGUGAACCAGGACCCAGCAAGACAGUGAAAGCAGGGACCACACAGGCAGCAGAAAAAAAACCCACCAAGGCAGCGGAAAGAAAAACCAUCAAGGCAGCAGAACCAAGAACACGCCAGGCUAAUAAGACCAAGAGAAAGACCAAAACUGAUAAAUGCACCAAUGGAAAUUGUGGAACAAGUUCAUCACCAUCAUUUCCACUUGUUAUAUUGGUGCGGCCUGCACCACCUGAACGCUGCCUGGUGUUUGAUGAGGACAGCUGGAAGCAGAGUGAAGCUUGCCCAUCAGAUAGGCCCAAGCACACUUCUGAUAACUGUCCAGUGGACUGCAGCCAGGGGGUUAAGGAGCCCCUUUCCCCUAUACCUGAGACCUGUAACACAGAGCAGGAAGACCAGGAUAUCACUGGCAGAACACCUGGUGACACAGAGCCCAAGGAGAAGAAAGAGAAGGGGAAGAAAAAGGGCAGGAAGAAUGGCUUCAAACGCUUCUGCUCCUGGAUGAAGAGGAGGUUCUGCUGCUGCAUCAGUGUCAGUGAGGAUGAGAACUGA